GUGGACAAGAGCCGAAGAGUUCAGAAGAGUUCGAAGAGAGCAUCCGAGUGGACUGGUCGUUGGUAGCGCAUCAGAGGUCGAACCAAGUGCAGUGACAUUUUGUUUGGUUAUAAAAUGGAACCCAAACUAAAUUUGAGGGAAGAACCUACGUGGUUACAAUUACAGCAGUUGUACGACAGCCAGGGGAGCAAAAUCAAUAUAUACGAAUUAUUCAAAGCUGAUCCUGGUCGAUUUGAAGAAUACAGUCUCCAAAUCCAAACACCUGAGGAUGGACCGAUUUUACUCGACUAUUCCAAAAAUCGUAUUAAUGACGAAGUUCUUUCACUACUCUUUCAACUGGCCCGUGCCCGUAAGAUAGAAGCAGCAAGAAAUGCCAUGUUUUCUGGACAAAAGAUCAACUUUACAGAAAAUCGAGCAGUUUUGCACAUUGCCCUACGAAAUAGAUUAAAUACUCCAAUUCUUGUCGAUGGCAAAGAUGUGAUGCCAGAUGUGAACGGGGUUUUAAAUCACAUGAAAGAGUUUACUGAACAGGUCAUUACCAAAAAAUGGACUGGAUAUACAGGAAAACCCAUUGAAGAUGUUGUAAACAUUGGAAUUGGAGGUUCUGACCUGGGUCCCUUGAUGGUGACUGAAGCUCUGAAGCCGUAUCAUAUUGGCCCCAGAGUUCACUUUGUGAGCAAUAUAGAUGGAACCCACAUCGCAGAAACUCUGAAGAAGAUUAAUCCUGAGACCAGUUUAUUCAUAAUUGCAUCAAAAACUUUUACGACACAAGAAACCAUAACCAACGCGACAUCGGCUAAGCUUUGGAUUUUGGAACAUUUAAAGAGUGAGGCAGCUGUGGCUUCACACUUUGUAGCUCUGUCCACAAACACACAAAAAGUUAAAGAGUUCGGCAUUGAUGAAAAGAAUAUGUUUGGAUUCUGGGACUGGGUUGGAGGUCGCUAUUCACUAUGGUCUGCUAUUGGUCUUUCCAUAUCACUAGCUAUAGGCUUUGAAAACUUUGAAAAGCUUUUGAGUGGCGCUCACUUCAUGGAUCAACAUUUUUACUCAGCUCCAUUAGAAAAAAAUGCACCAGUAAUUCUUGCACUGCUCGGCGUUUGGUAUCACAACUUCUAUGGGGCAGAAACUCAUGCGCUACUACCAUACGAUCAGUAUCUGCAUAGAUUUGCUACGUACUUCCAACAAGGUGACAUGGAAAGUAAUGGAAAGUAUGUCACUCGAGCUGGUAAAACAGUAGAUUACACUACAGGCCCGAUUGUAUGGGGAGAACCUGGAACAAAUGGACAGCAUGCAUUUUAUCAACUAAUUCAUCAGGGUACACGGCUCGUACCAGCAGAUUUUAUAGCUCCUGCUAUCUCACAUAACAAGGUCCAAGGAACUACACAUCACAAACUUUUGCUAGCUAAUUUCUUAGCUCAAACUGAAGCGUUAAUGAAGGGCAAGACCGAGUCUGAGGCGAAAGAAGAACUGCAAAAGGCUGGUUUGAGUCCAGGGGAAUUGAGCGCCAUACUGCCGCACAAAGUAUUCCAAGGAAACCGACCUACAAACAGCAUUGUGGUUAAGGGAGUUACUCCCUUUACUUUGGGAGCACUCAUCGCAAUGUACGAACAUAAAGUCUUCGUACAAGGAGUCAUUUGGGACAUUAAUUCAUAUGAUCAGUGGGGUGUGGAAUUGGGAAAGCAGUUGGCUAAAGCUAUAGAGCCCGAGCUUAAAAACAACGACACGAUUACCAGCCAUGAUUCGUCAACAAAUGGGUUGAUUGCGUUCAUUAAAGCUCAUAGCUUUUAAGCAUUUAAUUGAUUGUGUAGUGUGGAGUUGGGUAAACAGCUAGCACUGAAAAUCCUACCAAUGCUGUAUCAUAAUGGUGCUGUCCAGACCGAAGAUUCGUCUACGAAUGGCCUAAUUAAUUUCAUCAAGAUGCAGACCUGCAUGUGUGCGUCCACCACCUGUGAUACAGUGGAAUCGGAACCCAAAUCGCUUUUUUGACCAUUUACGGUUCAUUUUCAUGUGAGUCAGCCUAUUGUGAAAUAUAUCUUCGCAUUAUGUACUUGAAAUUCCUCUAUGUAUGCUCAGUAAAUUCAAAUAUGCAUAUUAGAUUGUUGAAUGUUAGCGAUAGUUAUGGAUGUCUACUUUCUCAUUUUCAUUCGUUUUCUGUUAAUAUCUAGCUAAUAACCCAUGACCCGUCAUCAACCAAAUUAGAAAGUCUGGAACUAAUCACUUAAACUAUUAUUGAUUAAAUUAAUACAUGUACAUGUGAAAAAAUGUAUACUACUUCGUUUAUUAUACAUAAAUAUUAUAUACUUUGUUAUACGCAUAAUUUAUAAUUUUUUUACAUCAAAUUGAUAUCCUUGUAUCAUUCCCAGUGGAAAAACAAAUAUAAUACAUUGAUUUUUAAGAUUGAUAUUAGAUAUCGGUCAUGUAUGUAACAUCAUAACGUUAUUCUUAGUAACUAUCUUUAAUAGAAAAACAGAACUCUAACU